ACGUCACUGUUGCUGGGCGGAGCGGGUUCCGGCGGGUGGAGCUGAGGUCGGGUGAGCGACGGACGUGUACGGCUCUUUCCUUGUUCCUUCAGGAGGAAAAUCGACGGAAAAUGAGAGGUUUUGGCGGAGAACGCGAUCGUGGCCGAGACAGGGGAAGCAAUGGGCCACGGUUUGGUGGAGGCUCAUCACUGGGCAAGAAGUUUGGACAGCCUGGGGAACGUCUUAGAAAAAAGAAGUGGGACAUGGAUGAGCUACCAAAAUUUGAGAAGAAUUUUUACGUAGAGCAUCCUGAAGUGGUUAGAUUAACCCCAUUUGAAGUGGAUGAUUUCCGUCGGAAGAAAGAAAUUACUACAAAGGGAACGGACUGCCCAAAGCCAGUGUUCCAAUUUCAUCAAGCCAAUUUCCCUUCCUAUGUGAUGGAUGUUCUGUGUUCGCUGAAUUUUGUGGAGCCGACGCCAAUACAGUGCCAGGGCUUUCCGGUAGCACUUAGUGGGCGUGAUAUGGUUGGAAUUGCACAGACUGGAUCUGGCAAAACUCUGGCUUAUUUAUUGCCAGCCAUCGUACACAUUAACCACCAGCCAUUCCUCGAGCGAGGUGACGGCCCCAUUUGCUUGGUGUUGGCACCAACACGAGAGCUGGCGCAGCAGGUGCAGCUGGUUGCUGAAGACUAUGGGAAAUCUUCACGAAUAAAGAGUACCUGUAUUUAUGGUGGUGCCCCUAAAGGCCCUCAGAUCCGGGACCUGGAGAGAGGAGUGGAAAUCUGUAUUGCAACACCAGGCCGUUUGAUUGACUUUUUGGAAGCUGGAAAGACUAAUCUCCGUCGUUGCACUUACCUGGUACUUGAUGAGGCUGAUCGUAUGUUGGAUAUGGGCUUUGAGCCUCAGAUUCGGAAAAUUGUGGAGCAAAUUCGGCCGGACAGACAGACUCUGAUGUGGAGUGCCACUUGGCCAAAAGAGGUCAGACAACUAGCUGAGGACUUCUUACGGGAUUACAUCCAGAUCAAUGUUGGAGCCCUGGAACUGAGUGCCAACCACAACAUCCUUCAAAUUGUUGAUGUGUGUCAGGAGACGGAGAAGGACCUGAAAUUGCUCCAUCUGCUGGAAGAAAUCAUGGCAGAGAAAGAAAAUAAAACAAUCAUCUUUGUAGAAACCAAGCGUCGCUGUGAUGACUUGACCCGUAGGAUGAGAAGAGAUGGUUGGCCAGCGAUGUGCAUUCAUGGAGAUAAAAGUCAGCCAGAAAGAGAUUGGGUCCUUAAUGAAUUCCGAUCAGGAAAAGCACCCAUCCUUAUUGCAACUGACGUUGCAUCUCGAGGUUUAGGACGUCAUGUCGGGGCUUGUCCGGUUACAUCUUGGGCCUGUCUGAGGUUUCACUGCCCGAAAAGCGGGUUGCAAAAAGGUUUGAAGGUAGGAAUGAGUAGAUUGCUGCUUUCUGCAUCUUGCCUAGACACUGUUGAAUUUGAUACAAAACUGAGAACUAUUUCAUUUAGGUCAGUCUGUUUCUUGUUACCUAUUGAUUACAUCAGGCUGGGAAAAAUUUGUUCUGAGGCAUAGGAGAGCCAAUGGACAACUUUGUCAAGGUGCCACCUUGAAGGUGCAUAUUUGGGUCUGGGGCUUUGUGUAUGGGAAACUUUCCAAGAAGGCGCGACUAUUAUAAAAACUAGUAUAGCUACGACACAUUUUGAUCAAAUGUCCACAACAGAUGCGUUACCUAGUAUUUUUCCCAGUCUGGCAUUAACAAUGGGCUCAGAUUUUUUUUUUAAAUAUGCAGUUUAUGUUAUAUACAGGCUGUUGCAGGAUUAUGCUAAAACUUAUUCAAAACGAUACUUGAGAGAAUCUAGACUUUAAUGUUCCACACUUUUUCCUGUCCCUAUUCCUUAACAUAAUAACUUUCCUGUCCUUUGUAUCAUCAGCUAGGAUUGGAUUUGCAGGAGUUACUCCACAGAAGGUCUUCACAGCUGCACUAUCAGAGCCAUCUCUUGCCAGUCAGUGGGAAGUAUGCUACUGGACAGGGAUAAAAAUAGAGACGGUGAACAAGAAGACUCUUGUAUUGCAUCAUGAAUGACCAAAUAUUGUUAUUGUUUGGUUUUGACAGUCUGAUUGUUUCUCAAAAUAAUAGGAUACUUUAAAAAAUUCUGUAACUUGAAGUACACAGGUCAGCCAACAUAGGGUCUAGAGUCCAAGUGGGGUUAUCGCCAGGUUGACCAUGAAGCACGCAGGUGCUGUUAUGUAGAUUUUCUUGUAUUCUUUUCACUUCCUUUUAUUCUUAGGGUAUUGCACUGUUCAGACAAUAAGAGGGUGCCACUGUAUUCAAUUUCCAGUAUUUUUUUCGGAGUUCUUGGUGAUCCAAGAAGUAGGGAAAAUAAUUGGGCUUUGCAAUCACUUACAGCUUAAAGUGUAAAAUGCACCCUGGAAUGUGAAUUAUGAGACUAGAACCUAAAGAGGAUGCUGGCAACAACUUUGCACAGUAGGUUACAAUUAUGGUGUAAGCUUUUGGCUUCACUGUGAUAUAAAUGGAGUUGCCCUUUUAGAAUGGGGUACAGAUCAAAGCUGGCUACCUGAGAUCUGUAUCUUGUGUACAUUAUUUGUUUGUGUCCAUUUCUAUUUGAUAUCAAUAUGUGCUUUAAUAUGAAUAUUUUUCAUUUCUCAUGUACACUUUUCCUCUCUGUCUCUUGUUUAUUGCUGUCUUGGGAUUCAACAUAGAAACACUCGCUAAUGAAAUAAGAAAUAGCAAGUGAAACUUGAGCCCAUUUUUGUAAUGAGAAACAGACUUGAAAAAUAGUUUGUCAGUAAAUUGUAAAGAAAAAAAAAAUAAUUUGAGUCUGGGCAAUAGAUGCAGUGUGGGCUGGGAGUUAUUGGAGAGAUUGGGUUUGAGGACCUUAUUUAAUGACUGCGGUCCUCUGGUGCUACAUGAAAGUCGGGCUGCAGAAAAGCCAUCCAUCCCAACGUGUGAGACUUCUCGCUACAAGGGAAUGCUCGAUGCAUGCUCUCCCAGCUCCACUGGUCCCAUGUCGCAUGGCGGAGGUCGAAAGGAGACCGCCAGAACCAGAGAAACGGGAGUGUGCAUCGGACUGGUAAAUACUAUUCAACACAGAAGGGAGGAAGUCGAAAUUUAUUCUGGAUUUCAACUUUAAAGUAUGGAUUUCAAUGACAACAUGCCAAAUCUGGAGUUGUCUGUUGGGUUAAAAAUUACCAUACAGUGACUGGUAAGCAAACUGAUUUCAUUAGCUUAGCGCAGUGAAUGAAUUACAUCGAAGAUCAGGAUUCUGCAUUCCAGCGCCCCUGUCAUUUUACAAACUGAACCCCAGAUGAUGUUGGAUUAACAAACUUUGAAUCCUCAUCCACAAAUAUCAGGAUAGAUUUUAAUGCUGGUCAUUAUAAUGGUCCAAGUAGUGAUUGUGCUGUAGUGGGUGGCAGUGUAAUAGUCUAAGCUGGGAUGCAUCACAAUCUUUCAGCUCCAUAACAAAUUCUUGUAGUUUUUGUAGUUCUAAUCUCCUGGGUUUUGGAUGUUGAUACCUUUCCUCUUGGUUAUUCAGAGGUUUAUAUUUAGUAUGACGUGGAUUUGCAAUUGGGCUACCAAGUAAUCUGCCAUUUACAGUAUUAUCAGUUCAAAAUCAGCACUUGAUCUUUCUAGUUUUCAUAACCUGAACAAAAGGUGACUUCUUUUGAUAUGUGUUAAUGAAUUUCCCUGAAAUGAUAAUAGUUUUUGUAUUGAGAAUAGCAUGUCCAGAUCCAGUAUUAGCAGUUAUGGUCCACCUUGGUUUUGUGCAGAUUGAUUCUGAUUUUCAUGGACCAGUGAUGCUAUGGUAAUUUCUAACCCUGACAACCAUAAUGUUUGAAGAUUUGUAAUAAUGCUACAUUAAGAAGACAAGAAGGGAGUAUUCCUUUACUACCUAUUUAGGCCAGAAUUAAAUAAUGUUAUUUUGCACUGAAAUUUGAACUGGUUUUGUUUCGGACCUUUGGUGAAGAUUGGUCUAGUCUACAUUGUGCGAAAAAGUAGCCUUAUCUCUGAGUCUUCCAGAUCUUUAAAAAAAUUGCCCCGUUUUGUAACUGCGUCCAUUGAAAUAGUAUUUUAAAUAUGGUAAAUUGGUGGAAUACCUGUGUACUGCUGUUUAUUUAAAAAAAAUAUAUAUAGAGGUUCGGGCAGUAAUGUAAUGUGUGAAUUUAUCUAAUCUGUAUUUUUGCCCACAGGUUUCUUUUCCAGAGUGGUAGUCUAAACAUAGAUUUAAAGCAUGCAUUCUUGGUUCAUAAAAUUUGGUGAAUGUUGCUUGGAGGUGUCAGUUGUCAGGGAUAGAUUGGAACUUAAUUCUGAAGCUUAUGGAUUGUCAGAUUCAUAGUGGGAAUUUCAGAGGAUAUUUUCAAGUGUUCUUCCAUGUGUCAUCUGAGAUAUAUUUUCAAUGUGUAAAGGUUCUUGGUUAUUGUCCCUGUGUACUUUAAUAAUGGAAAGCAGGAUGUGAGGUGGUACAAUGUGACUGGCUUCAUCUGACUUCAAAAACUGGUUGAGUUUGGCGGCAUAGUAUUGCUUUAGACCUAAGCUGCUCCUGAUCUAUUUUAAAGGUUUAAUUGUUGCAGCAAAUAGAUAUUUGAAAAGCUGAACAACUUUUUAGCCAUUUAGUUCAAUUGUUACAGGAAGGACAAAAGCAAAGGUUAUGGUAGUAUUUGAACUUUGAGAUGAGAAUGAACAUACAAUUCCUUGGAAUUGUUUAAAAGGUGGCACGGUCUGUUGUAAAGUCUUAUUUCAAUCUCAAGUUUCUCCUCACUCAGAUUUAUAUCCACCUAGUGAGUAAAAUAGUUAGAAUUUGAUGAAAAUCAAAUAAGUCUUCCACUUUAUAGCUGCAACUUAAGCAAAGAGGAGCAGGCUUACUCAAUGAAACAGGCCUCAGUUUUUCCAUUUUCUUGAGGUGGGUGUAUUAGGGUUCUGAACACCGAAUGUGGGUCAGUAAUAAAUUUGUUUUAUACUUUUGUGCUCAGUGUUCUGCCUUUUGGUUUGUGAGGUUUUUGCUCAAAGCAUGGUGUGGGUUUAAGCUCUUUGCAUGGAAGGCCAAUACUGUAAACAUGGACUGUAAGGGGUGCUUGUACUAAAUCUUGUUCUAACUCUUCUUUCUACCUGGCUGUUGUGGUGUACUGCUUGUGCUGGUUCAAACUGGCACAUCCCCCACCUUUCCACACCACACUGCAAUUCUGCUUUUACAGACGUGGAAGACAUCAAAUUUGUCAUCAAUUACGACUACCCCAAUUCCUCUGAAGACUACGUACAUCGCAUUGGUCGUACAGCUCGCAGUACAAAUAAAGGCACAGCCUACACCUUCUUCACACCAGGCAAUGUGAAACAG